GGGGCAGGGGUAUAGGAAAGAGACAAGCGGCCCAGUUCCCGUCAUUCUGGGAGUUGUAGUCCCAGGAGAUUCUCUAGGCGCAAGCGCACUUUCGAGCUUUGUCUGGUAAUGCGCGCGCAGGCUUGACGCCAUAAUUGGUUCUUCAGCCGAACCCUCUCUUAUUGGAGGUCAGGCCAAUUCCCGGACUUAGUGCCAGCAGCCAUGUAUAAAGUCUACAGGUUUCCAGCCCUGAAUACCAGAGGAAGGGUUUCUUAAUGAAGAAGCAGAGAUUUCAGCUCCACAGUGAAAGUCCUGGAGAGCCACCGAGCUCCCAGGCUCUGGGAAUAAGAAAUAUAUGCCAUGAGCACGUAAGGUCGUGAAAGUGACUGGUGCUGAAUCAUUCCUGACCAAUCUGCUUGGGUAAACAGGAUUGGGGUGAAAGUAGGAUAUCCAGAAACUAGCCUUGGAAAAUCUCACUCAGACAGCUUUGCCUUUUGGGGAAUCUGCUCUCCACAAGAGGGCAGCACUGAGAGGAUAGGAAUGACUUCUGAACUUCGGACUACCAGAUCACAGGAAUCAUUAACAUUCAAGGAUAUAGCUGUGGACUUCACCCAGGAGGAAUGGAGGAAACUGGACUCUGAUCAGAGAUACCUAUAUAGGGAUGUAAUGCUGGAGAACUACAGGAACCUGGUCUCACUGGGGCAUCAAGGUUCGAAACCAUAUGUGAUUUCCCAGUUGGAACAAGGACAAGAGCCUUGGAUAGUAGAGAGAGAAAUUUUAAGGGGCGACUGUAAAGACUGGGGUACCCGGCCUGAACCCAAGGAUCCAAUUCCCAUACAGGACAUUUCUGAAGAGGAAACAUCCCAGGAAGCAACAGUGGAAAGAUUCACAAAGGAUGGUAUCUGGUACUCUAAAUCAGGAAAAACCUGGAAGUCUGAUGAUCAGUUUGGGAAACAGCCAAAUAACAAAGAAAAAUAUCUGAAACAAGGUACAGUUUCCUCAAAGAAAAGUUUCCUUGGGAAGAUAGAUCCUGAAUGUUAUGAAUUUAGUCUAAAUUCAAUCCUUGUUACAGGACAGAAAGUUUCUACAAGAGAGAAAGACCUUGAAUGUGAUGUAUUUGGAAAAACUUUCAGGUGUAAUUUGCAUCUAAUUGGAAACCAGAAAAUCUGUGUAGGGAAGAAACCAUAUGAGUGUAAUGAAUGCGGGAAGGCUUUUAAUAAGGGUGCCUUACUUAGACAGCAUCAGAGAAUCCAUACAGGAGAGAAACCCUAUAAAUGUAAUGAUUGUGGAAAAGCUUUCAGACUUCGUGGAAAUCUUACUCAACACAGAAGGAUUCAUACUGGAGAGAAACCAUAUAAGUGUAAUGAAUGCGGGAAAGCCUUCAGACUGCAUGGACACCUUACUCAACAUAAAAGAAUUCAUCCUGGACAAAAAAAUUAUGAAUGUAAUGAAUGUGGAAAAGCUUUCCAUAGGGCUGUACUUCUACUCCAACAUAAGAGAAUCCAUACUGGAGAGAAACCCUAUAAAUGUAAUGACUGUGGAAAAGUUUUCAGUAAUAGUGCCCUCCUCAUGCAGCAUCAGAGAAUCCAUACUGGAGAGAAACCCUAUGAAUGUAAUGAAUGUGGGAAAGCCUUCAGACUCAAAGGAAACCUUAAUCAACAUAAAAGAAUCCAUACAGGAGAAAAACCUUAUAAAUGUAAUAAUUGUGGGAAAGCUUUCAGUAAGGGUACACUACUUAUGCAGCAUCAGAGAGUCCAUACUGGAGAAAAACCCUAUGAGUGUCAUGAGUGUGGAAAAGCCUUCAGACUUCGUGGAAAUCUUACACAACAUAAGAGAAUUCAUACUGGAGAGAAACCCUAUAAAUGUAAUAAUUGUGGAAAAACCUUCAGUCAGAGUAAACACCUAACUCAACAUCAGAGAAUUCAUACUGGAGAGAAGCCCUAUGAAUGUAAUGAAUGUGGGAAGGCAUUUUGUGAUAGAUCAUCCUUGACCAAACAUCAGAGGAUUCAUACUGGAGAGAAACCUUAUGAAUGUAAUGAAUGUGGGAAAGCUUUCAGUAGGGGUGCACUUCUUACUCAACAUCAGAGAGUCCAUACUGGAGAGAAACCCUAUAAAUGUAAUGAUUGUGGAAAAGCUUUUAGUAAGGGUGCACUCCUUAGGCAACAUCAGAGAGUCCAUACUGGAGAGAAACCAUAUAAAUGUAAUGAAUGUGGAAAAGCCUUCAGACUUCGUGGACACCUUACUCAACAUAAGAGAAUUCAUACGGGAGAGAAGCCUUAUGAAUGUACUGAAUGUGGGAAAACAUUCCGUCAAAGUACAGACUGUACUCAACAUCAGAGAAUCCAUACUGGAGAGAGACCUUAUGCAUGUAGUGAAUGUGGGAAAGCAUUUUGUGACAGGUCAUCUUUGACUAAACAUCAGAAGAUUCACACUGGAGAAAAACCUUAUGAAUGUAAUGAAUGUGGAAAAGCCUUCAUUCGAAGUUCAUAUCUUGUUCAACAUCAUAUAACUCAUACUGGAGAGAAGCCCUUUGAAUGUAAUGAAUGUGGAAAAGCCUUUAGCCUGCAUGCCAAUCUUACUCGACAUCAGAGAAUUCAUACUGGAGAGAAACCAUAUAAAUGUAUUCAUUGUGGAAAUGCAUUUAGGCAUAGUUCAGCCCUGAUUAGACAUCAAAGAGUUCACAAUGGAAAGUAUGAAAGCCUCAUGGAGCUGGUGAAGAAUAUCCAGAGAUUCUCCUGCAGCUUGUCCACCGUGGAGUUGGCAUCUCGGUGCCUAGAAGAGCUCAGUGACUGCUGCAGGCUCCGACAUUUUAUCGUGGAUAGGGUUAAUCUUGGUGGUGCUGUGAAGCAAUCAGAUUUGGCACUACUUGGGAACGCGCUAAACCUUUGGGCGACCAGUCACCGGAAUUCUGGGAAUUGUAGUUCUGAGGCUGCCUUAGCGCAGGCGCACUCCCGAGCCGGGCCUGAAGAUUGCGUGCGCAGUAUCAACGCCAUCAUUGAUUCUUUGGCUUUGAACCAGCUACUAAUCGGAGGUCAGGCCAGGCCCGGACCCAGUUCCAGGUAUUUAGUGACCAGGCAGGUUCCCAGCUACCGAACCCGAGCUGGGCGGAUCCGGGAGGGGCCGGGGGCCGGGCUUGUGAGCAGAGCUAUUACCACCCCUGUCAGAGAUUCUGUGGUUUGUGACUGUGUCCCUGCUACUGGGAAGAACCCAAGAACCCACAGUGUGUCUUUGUCUGUGAAGAACCUGCAGUGUGGGCUGUCUGAAGAAUCUGCAAUCUCAGCCCUGCAAAACUACUGCAGGUUUCUAGCCUGGAACACGAGCGAGAGGAUUCCCCUCUGGAGAGCUCAGAGAUCUCAGCUCCAGAGUGAAGUUUCCAGAGGCUCCAGACCUGUGAAAUCCAUUUCAGGAACAGAUGCAAGCAGGAGACCUCUAGUCAGACGUUCAGGAAGAGUGUUAAGUCUGGGAACCAUAAAGCAAGCCACUUACUCUCAGCAACCUCCUCCUUCCACAGCUCUUCCUUCUCAAGAAUCUGCUGUUGCCCAACUGGUGAGCACUAAUGAGCUAGAAAUGACUUCUGGGCUUCUGACAGCCAGAUCCCAGGAAACAUUAACAUUCAAGGAUGUAGCUGUGGACUUUACUCAGGAGGAAUGGGGGCAUCUGGAUCCUGCUCAGAGAUAUUUAUACAGGGAUGUAAUGCUGGAGAACUAUAGGAACCUGGUCUCAUUGGGACAUCAAUUUUCCAAACCUGAUGUGAUCUCCCAGUUGGAGCAAGGAGAAGAGCCUUGGCUGGUAAAGAGAGAAGUUCCAAGAGAUACUUUUCCAGAUUUGGAGACUGUGCCUGAAAUCAUUGUGUCAACUCUAAAGCAAGCUAUUUCUGAGAAGCAGUUACGCCAGGAGGUGACAGUGGAGAGAUUCACAAGGGAUUUUUUCUGUUACUCUAAUCUAGGACAAGCUUGGGAAUCUGUUGGCCAGUAUGGGAGACAGCAAAGAAUCCAGGAGAGACAUCUGAGACAAAUGAUAGUCCCCCAGAAGAAAAUGCUGCCUGUGAAGAGGGACCCUGAAUAUAAUGUGUAUAAUCUGAGUUCAGUCCUUAUUACAGAAGAGAGUGUUCCUAGAAAAGAGAGAUAUCCUGAAUGUAACAUAUAUGAAAAAACCUUCAAAUGUAACUCACAUUUAAUUAGACAUCAGACAAUUUGUACAGCAAAGAAACCCUUUGAGUGUAAUGAAUGUGGUAAAUCUUUCAGUAAAAGUGCACUCCUUCGGCAGCAUCAAGUAGUACAUACUGGAGAGAAACCCUAUAAAUGUAAUGAAUGUGAAAAAGCUUUCAGUAAAGGUGCCCUCCUUAUUCAACAUCAGAGAGUCCAUACUGGAGAGAAACCCUAUAAAUGUAAUGACUGUGAAAAAGCUUUCAGUAAGGCUGCACUACUUAUGCAACAUCAGAGAGUCCAUACUGGAGAAAAACCCUAUAUGUGUAAUGAAUGUGGGAAAGCAUUUAGUCAGAGCAUAUGCCUUACUCGCCAUAAGAGAAUUCACACUGGAGAGAAACCCUAUGAAUGUAAUGAAUGUGGAAAGACGUUUAGAUUGCGUGGACACCUUACUCAACAUCAGAGAAUUCAUACUGGAGAGAAACCAUAUAAAUGUAACGAAUGUGGGAAAACCUUCAGUCAGAGUACAGACCGUACUCAACAUGAGAGAAUUCAUACGGGAGAGAAACCCUAUAAAUGUAUUGAAUGUGGGAAAACCUUCAUUCAGAGUACACACUUAACUCAGCAUCAGAGAAUUCAUACUGGAGAAAAACCCUAUGAAUGUAGUGACUGUGGAAAAGCAUUUUGUGAUAGGUCAUCCUUUACUAAACAUCAAAGGAUUCACACUGGAGAGAAACCCUAUGAAUGCACUGAAUGUGGGAAAGCCUUUAUUAGAAGUUCAGACCUUAUUCAACAUCAUAGAACGCAUACUGGAGAGAAACCUUAUGAAUGUAAUUCAUGUGGGAAAGCAUUCAGCCUGCAUGUACACCUUACUCGACAUCAGAGAAUCCACACUGGAGAGAAACCCUAUAAAUGUAAUCAAUGUGGGAAUGCCUUUAGGCAUAGUUCAGCCCUAGUCAGACAUCAGAGACUUCAUAGUGGAGAGUAGCUCUGAGUAUUUAGUCAAUAAUGUAAAACUUUUAGACUUGUCCCUUAUUUAUAUACUCUAUAGUCACAAUGUCACAUAAGUUACCAGUUAUCAUUUUGAGUUUGUAAAAUGGGAAAUAUGCUCCCUUUCCCUUUCUCUGCUAUUUCUUUCUCUUCCUUUUUUUU